GUCUCGCCAGCCGCCCGUCCGUACCGGUCCCUCCUCUAGAGCAAGCUAAUUGGGCCUCUGAGCUGCGUCUGUUUCCUAAUUGGGGGGAUUUUUCUGUCGGUCAGAAAUUAACUAUGCCAGUUUCUUCCUUGUCUGGAUGUAAAGCAGUUUGAAAUUGUAACUGAAGUGAACGGGAAUCAGGGUUGGGUUUCAUUACGGGAAAGGGAGAAGCAAGUACAUUAUGUUAAAAGAAUAAAUCGUGACGGGACACAGUUUGAAUCAAGGACACAUAUCAACACUGCAAAAACACGCCUGGAAAAUGUUCAACGCAUGGAUCAAAUGAGGAAGUUUCGGUAGCUUGUUUAGGGCACGGGAAGAAACUACUGCUGGUACCAGUUUCACUGUCGUAUUGUAGUUACAUUGUAAAUUCUGAAAAAAAGUCAGGUGAAAUAAAUGUGCAUUUUGCAGGUGCAACACUGCAAAAGAAUGAGAGGGAUGGCGCUAACCGAAACAAAGGAGCUAUGAAAAAAACUGAACAACAUUGAAUGAAUGAAUAUGAAAUUGAAAAGCGGUUGGUGCAUAAGAAAAUAAACUUUUCAGGAAAAAAGGGCCAAAUGCAUGGCAAUUUAGGAGAAGCUGCACAUUAAAUCUCUCGACCCAAACGAACGAUGGCAACAGCAAAGCCUAAGACAUACUCUGUUGUGAAUAGUGCUGGUCAUAGUCCUAGCUGUGAAGGUGGCACGAUGAAAGAGGAUGCCAACAAUGCAGCUGCACAAACCGCAACAGCUUUAACAGCAUCACUGACACUGGAGCAGAGAAGUUACAAACUGGACGAUUUUGACACUGUGUCUACUGUUGGGACUGGAACCUUCGGACGUGUCUUUCUGGUAAAGGAAAAGAAAACAAGAGGAUAUUUUGCACUGAAAGCAAUGAAAAUUCCUGAUGUCAUUCGAUUAAAGCAGGAACAGCAUGUACAGAAUGAAAAGGCAGUAUUAUCGGAGGUUAACCACCCUUUUCUAAUCAGAUUAUUUUGGACCCAUCACGACGAGUGUUUUUUAUAUAUGCUAAUGGACUAUGUGCCCGGCGGUGAACUCUUCAGUUACUUACGCAACAUGGGGCGCUUCAACAACAGCACGGGACUGUUUUAUUCUGCAGAGAUCGUAUGUGCAAUAGAAUACCUACACUCCAAGGAAAUCGUUUACAGAGACUUAAAACCUGAGAAUAUAUUACUGGACAGAGAAGGCCAUAUCAGGCUUACAGACUUUGGAUUUGCUAAAAAGUUGGUGGAUAGGACAUGGACUCUCUGUGGGACACCUGAAUACCUUGCACCGGAAGUGAUUCAGAGUAAAGGUCACGGCAGAGCGGUGGACUGGUGGGCUUUGGGAGUACUCAUCUUUGAGAUGCUCUCGGGAUAUCCACCAUUUUUUGAUGACAAUCCAUUUGGUAUUUAUCAGAAGAUUCUGGCCGGCAAAAUAGACUUUCCAAGACAUUUGGAUUUCAAUGUAAAAGACCUCAUUAAGAAAUUCCUUGUUGUUGAGAGAACAAGGCGGCUAGGAAACAUGAAGAAUGGAGCAGAGGAUGUGAAGAAACACAGAUGGUUCAAGUAUAUAGACUGGGAUGCUGUGCCUCAGAGAAAACUUAAGCCGCCAGUUGUGCCCAAAGUCUCUCACGAAGGGGAUACAUCAAACUUUGAAGCUUAUCCAGAAGAUGACUGGAAAAAGGACCCCCCUGUACCUCCUAAGGAUUUGGAAAUGUUCAAGAAUUUCUGAUGGAAUCUGACAGUCUAGGAUAUAAAGGAAUGCCUUGAAGAGCUGGGAAUGUGUUGGUUAUCAUCCUACAGCCUUUCAAAAUAUGCAAGAAUCAAAGCCCCCUACGCCAUCUUUAAUUAAAGCAGGGGAAUAAAAGACUCUUUAAAGAUCGGAAUGAUAAACAUGCAGAAACCUUCGUGUGCAGGGUUUUUUUUUGUUUGUUUUUGUUUUUUGUUUUUUUUUGCUUUUAUGGGCAUCAACUUUACAAAAUUGUCUGGAAAGGAAAACGUUCUAAGUAAAAUAACUGAAAAAUAAGUAACAUUUACCUCUAAGUUUAUAUUAAAGUUGUAAAUGAAAUGGUGCACAUUGUUGAAUAUGUAUAUAGUGGGGAUUUUGUGGUACUGAAGCACAAAAAAUGGUCAAAUGUAUAAAUGCUAGUAAAUCCUGACAUGGUUUUAUUUUGAUUGUGUUUUAAAAUGCAAUGCUGUAGAGCAGUUGUGUUGAGUAAAGCACUCCUCAUUAACUGGUCAAGGUGGCCACAUUCUCAUGUAAUGAGUAAUCUGAGGGCUUUCAUUUAGUACAUUUUAGUGGAUUUGUAUUUAUUUCUGAGUGAGGUGGUUUUGAUUUAAUGGCUGUUUGAGAGACGGGUCAAAUUCAUAAAACAAAGAAAAUAAAGAGUCUGUGUAUUAGAUUAGAGGCCUUUAUCUUUUUUUUAUGUAACUUUGAACAUAAUUCAGACUGAAAUAAUUGCAAAGAUGCAGGUAAGGGGGUAGCUACAGUGAGGUGGGGUCACUGAGCCAUUCUGAGAAAUGUUUAACUAUAUAUAGCCUUAAGGAGGGACAGUAUACUUGUAUUCUUGUUGUACUGAACAUAUAGAGGUACAUACUGUAGUACACAUGCUAUGGAAAAAUCUAAAUGUUAAUAUUCAUACUGGUAAUUGGGACAUUGAAUUUAAGAGUAAAUUAGUCAUUUUCUUCAAAGGAUGGCAUUUCAUUCCUUUUCUCAGUUAGCAAAUUGAAUCUGGUUUUUCAUCGUAUACCAUAGUUUUUAUUUUUUAUUUUAUUUUAUUGCAGAAAUGAAUAAUUAAAUGUGCUGAAGAAAGAACAUUUGCUAAAUGUGCAUACUGUGUAAUACUCUUCUGAGUUUGCUGUUUUUGUGUCUGUUAUCACUUGAGUCUACAAGACCAAUUGUGUUUGCCCUUAGGGGCUAAAUAAUACUGUUGUGGGACAAUUAUAAUGGGGUCCAGCACAGAUGUUGCUGAUAAAAAAAGCAGGGUCUUUAAACUCUUCCAGACAGCUAAUAUGUUGUGAAGAUAAUCCCACUGCUCAUACACAGCUGUUAAAAAAGCCUUGAGAAUAGAAAUGUUUUUUUUUUGUUUGUUUUUUUAGUAUGUGUCUUUUGGGGUCCUACCCAGAAUCCUUGAUCUAGCUGAA